GUAUAUAAAUACUACUAUAUGAAAAUAUAAACAGGCGUUGCAAUUGCCGAUUGAUUACGAAUACACUUCGGUUGCUGAACGAUUACUCUCUCUCUCUCUCUCUCCUCUCCACAGAAUUAGGGUUCAAAGUGUGAAGCAGCAAAAAUGAGUGGUGAAGAAGAAUCCAUAGAGGAAGCAGCCGCAGCACGUCGUGAGAGGCUGAGAGCUCUGAAAGCUGCUCAGGAACUCCUUAACACCCCAGACGAUGACGACGACUCCUCUCUUCACACUAAUCAUGAUGAAAACAAUCUGAAUAUGAAAUUUCGAAAUUACCUUCCUCAUGAUAAGCAACUUCAGGAGGGUAAGCUCGCCCCACCAGUGCUACCAAAGUUUGAAGACCCUGUUGCAACACUACCUGUGCCAGAGGAGAAGAAAGAGGAUCCAUUUGUAAACAUUGCUCCAAAAAAACCAAACUGGGAUCUUCGAAGGGAUGUACAAAAGAAGCUUGAUAAGCUUGAAAGACGCACACAGAAGGCAAUAUUUCAACUAAUGGAGGAACAAGAAAAGGAGAAGCAAUUGGCUGAAGAAGAUGAGCAAUUGGCUGAAGAAGAUGACAGAAAUAGUGAUUAGAAUGAGAACUCAUGUAACCAAGGAUAAGUUGAAUGUGAAACUUAACGAGUAUGGAAGAACAGAAUUGAUCAUCAACCAGUGAUUUUGAAUUGCUGUUGGUCAAAAAAACUGAAUGGCUAAAUAUGAUGACACUGGCUUUAGUUAACUUCAAAUUGCUGUCAGUCAAACAAUCAAAAUGGUUGAAUAUGAUUACAAGAUAGCUUCCUUUCCUGGCAAAAAAACUAUUGAUGUGUG